AUGGCAGUACUGAUCAAAAGUAUUAAGGAUCGCCUCAUAAGAUGGAAAGAAUUCUUUGAGGCCAAACUUAACCAUGAAGCACCAUCUGUUGCCCCAGAUAUAGCCGAUACGUAUUUCAUCGACUUUCCGGCUGCCUUUGAUUCAAUUGAUAGAACGGCGCUUUGGAGGGUGAUGGAAUGCGACGGUGUUCCAGAGAAGAUCAUUCGACUCAUAAAAGCAUUUUAUGAGCAAGUGCCUGAUGUGCCUGAUUUCAAAUACCUUGGGUCCACUCUAAUACCAAAUGGACAGACAAAAGAUUUUGAACGUAUAGGACACCGUGUUUUGAUUGCCGCUGGUGAUACUUUUCGAGCUGGAGCAGUUGAGCAACUGCGUACUCAUACUAAGCAUCUAAAUGCUCUUCAUCCGAAUAGUGUUCAGUUGUAUGAACAAGGAUACGGCAAAGAUCCUGCUGGUUUGACUGCUGCAGCUAUUGCGAUUGCAGCUGAGCGUAAAAUUGAUGUAGUGCUGGUAGAUACUGCAGGAAGAAUGCAAGACAAUGAGCCCCUUAUGCGUUCUCUUGUUAAGCAAAUACGUAUUAAUAAGCCAGACUUAGUAUUAUUCGUUGGUGAAGCACUUGUUGGUAACGAAGCUGUUGAUCAAUUAGUUAAAUUCAACCAAGCGUUAGCAGAUUUUGCUUCUGUAGACAGUGAAGUAAGACUCAUCGAUGGCAUUAUUUUGACCAAGUUUGACACGAUCGAUGAUAAGGUUGGUGCAGCUGUGUCAAUGACUUAUAUAACUGGUCAGCCAAUUGUAUUUGUUGGCACUGGGCAGACCUACAAAGAUUUAAAAAGUCUUAACAUCAAUGCUGUCGUCAACUCUUUACUGAAAUAA